CCGCACUAGGGAUCGGGAUCGACUUUGAUGGCUUGUUUGCUCGUAUGCAAGCUAUAUCCUAGCGAGAGAACAGCUACGAGCUCCAAGUAACUCGCAUCUGACCACAGCAGACAUAAACUCAAACCGAAACCUAUCUUCUACAAUGUCCGCAGAAUCCCAGCCAAUCACUCACGCCCGCUUCGCUGCCGCUCUAGAAUCUCUAUCGCUCGGCUCUCUACACGCGAAAGCUGCGGAGCUUCGUAACAACAUUGAGCAUCUCGAAAUCUCAAACUCAGAACUAUCCCUGUUCUAUGCAGAGACCAGCGAUCCGGACUUCUCUGAAGCGAUCGCGGACAAUGAGCAGACCAUUCGGCGAAAGAGGGAGCAGAUAGCUAUGCUGAAGAUCGAAGUAGAGCGGCGCGGGAUGCCUUGGGUUGAGGACGAACAAAAGAUGGAAAAGAAAGAUAGUAAGAACGGGAAUCAGAAUAGAUCGAUUGACAACGAUCAUUCUGGGCAAGGUGUUUACCUCUGAAACCCGAGUGCACGAAGACGUCAAACGUUGAAAUCCCGGCCCGGUGAUAUCGUGGGAAAGACAUCACAGAAGCAAAAUUUCCCCCUAACACUCACUUGUUUGUACACAAGUAGACUCAUCCUAAUGUA